AGUUGGGCAUUAGAGAAGGGGUCCUGUUGCCUCGGGGAGCUGGCGACUCAACCUCUUCGGGCUUCUCGACGCCGUCGGAGCCCUCCCUGAUGUUGGACGUGCACGAGGAGGGCAGCGGCUGUGGGGUGACCCUCCCCGCGGAGCCCCCUAAGGUUGGUUGGGAGUGCCGGAGUUGUACGUUUAUCAACAAGCCGUCACGCCCCGGAUGCGAAAUGUGCUGCGACGAGCGGCCCUUGAAUUACGUCGUCCCGGAAGACUACAAGCUGGAUGCGGAAGAGGAGGAGUGGUUUCAGAGGGAUUUGGAGGCCACCCGCCAGUACCGGCAGGUGAGAGGUGGACCUGGCCAGCCACAUCGGGGUGCGAGGGGGAGGGGUUGAUUUGAAGAGCCCUGGUGGCGCAUAGUGGUUAGAAGGUAGCAUUGCAGGCUAACUCUGCCCACUGCCAGCGGUUC